AUGGCGGCCGGCGGAGCGGAGGAACGGGGAGGUUUGGAAGCCACCGUGCGGGAUCGUCUCCGCCUCCUCCGGGAACGCUGGACGCGGGGGAUCCGCGAACGCGGCGGUAUCGCCGCGUUCGCGGAUCCCCCGCGUCCAGCGUUCCCGGAGGAUGCAGGGGAGGUGAGCGCCUUGCAGGCGCUGCCGAUCGACGUGCAGCUGCACAUCAUGUCCUUCCUCUCGCCCCAAGAUUUGUGCCAUUUGGGAAGCACGAGUUGUUAUUGGAGGGCGGCUGUGCAAGAUCCGUUGUUGUGGAGGUAUUUUCUCCUGAGGGAUCUCCCUUUUUGGACAUCCGUUGAUUGGAAAUCACUCCCAGAUGUGGAGAUUUUUAAUAAAGCCUUUUCAGAGGGCAGCAAUAAUGUGCUGUACGAUUACAUGGCAGUAUAUAAAAAAAGCUGUCCUCAGAGUAGAAGAAGUUUGAAAUCAAGCCGUCCUCGGUAUGGGGCUGUGACUUCCUUUUUGCAAUCACUGGUCACUCAGGCAGAACCUCGCUUUGCUAUGUUUGGGCCGGGUUUGGAAGAGCUGGAUGACUCUUUAGUGCAAAAGAUGAUGACAUGCCCAGAAAUUCUGCUAGUAGCUGGCCUACCUCAAAGACAAAUUCAUGGAAUUGGAUCAGGAGUGAGUUUUCAGUUUAAUAACAAUCAAAAAUUCAAUAUUCUGACAUUAUAUUCAACCACCAGUGUGGAAAGGAGGAGAGCAAGGGCAGAGCAAGCUGUUGUUGUGAAUAAGAUGUUCUACCAAGAGGACAGCAUAGUAGGGAAUCAGCAAGCCGUGCACUACAGUGUAAUAGCUCAAGUGAAAAAGGUGUGCGAAGUAGUUGAUGGAUUCAUUUAUGUUGCUAAUGCAGAAGCUCAUAAAAAGCAUGAUCGUCAAGAGGAACUAGCUCGUAUUUUGGCAAUGAUUGAUCCAGCUCUCGGGCCUCCGAACAGACCUCUGCUAGUUUUGUCUUGUGUCUCUCACAUUGGUGUGAAAAGAAUUCCAUGUGUUUACAUGGCACAUCAGUUGCAACUGAAUCUGCUACGUCAGCCCUGGAUGGUGCAGGACACUGUAGCUGCAACUUUAGCUGGAUUGCUAAAUGGAAUUGAGUGGCUCCUAGAAGAAGCAAAUUGUAAAAAUGCACAGUAA